AAGAUGGUUAAUGAAAGCAAAUCGCUGGUUGAGGCUCUGCAGUGCGCCGAGGCUGAGGGCCGCGUCACCGUCGGUGUCUACGAGUGCGCAAAGAUAAUGAAUGAUGAUCCUGACAACGUGUCGUUCUGCGUCUUGGCCAUGGAUGAAGAGUUUGAGUGCGAUAUCUCGCUCCAAAUCCACUUCACUCUUAUCCAGGCUUUCUGCUUCGAGAACGACAUCAGCAUCGUGAGAGUGAACGACGUGCAACGUCUGGGUGAAAUUGUCUGCGCUAAAGAUCAAACUGAGGACUGUCACUGCCUUCUUAUCACGAGUCCCACUGAUGGUUCGUGGGAAGACCCAGCUCUGGAGAAGCUGCACAUGUUUUGCGAAGAAAGCCGCCGCUCCAACGACUGGCUUCCAGAGAUCACUCUGCCGACUCGCUGA